CUUUAACACGACAUCAACACAUGUGCACUGUCUGUUCACUCCGACUUCUUACCACUUUGCCGGUUCAAUUCAAUCACAUCCAUCUCUUACAAUAUUAGAGUAUAAAUCUUAUACACUCUAAUCCAACUCGUAUCUUUCAUUUUACCCCCACAUCUAGUCAUACCUGCCCAAUGAAACUGCAAGACAUCUCCCUCACCCUCCCCCACAAACCCUCAGCCAGGCUGCGCAUUUCAGCCCUCUUCCCUGGGACAUCCAUGUCCACCUCGAAUUUUGCAGACUCCUUACCAGACAUCACAGCAGCUUUACCACCCUCAUCAACCCUCCUCGUCUUCCUCAACGGCCUCAUCCUCCCCCGCUCUUCGUGGUUUGAGGCCAUCUCCCGCUUCUUGCGCAUCCGCGACAAGCAGCGACGACGGUCUUCCACUUCGUCAUCUUAUUCUUUUUCUUCCUCCUCCUCCUCCUCCAAUACUGGAUCCAAAACCGGUGCUGUGCCUGAAAAGAACGGGAGUCAUGGCAACACAUGCAUGUCUGCGACGGCGGCGGCAGGAGAUAGUGCAUAUGAAAAUGGGAUACAUGUACCCGAAAUCAUGAAAAUCCCCAACAUCCUCACCUACGACCGCUUCGGCCAAGGCGCCUCCGAUCCCGAUCCAAGUGAUCCCGAUCCGGCCGUGGACGACACGCCCUAUGGACAUACCCCCGAGGACGUGGUGGAUGAUUUGCACCAGAUGCUGCUCCUCGUCUCUCGCCAGUUCCUGGCUCGGGACCUGAAGGAGCUAGACGUGGUGAUAGUGGCGAACAGCAUUGGCUGCCCCCUCGCGCGGCUCUACAACGGUCGCUACUUCCCUGACGUGCGGGUAGUCGGGUAUCUCUUUCUUGAUUCGAUGAUGGCUAAUUCGGACUUUGUUUCCGUGUUUCCCGAUCCGGACGCGCCUGGGUUUGAUCCUGCAAAGGAUUUGAGAGAAGGGGUAGAUGAAGAGGCGCUGAGGUGGACAAGAAAGCAGUUUAGAGAGAAGUUCCAUCCGAGUGUGGGAAAUCCGGAGAGGUUGGAUCGGAGGGGGUUGAGGGGUCUACUUCCGUUCUCUGACAAGCCGAGGCUUAGAUUGCCUGUGGAUGGGCAGGACCAAGGCACAACGAGGGAAGGGGCGAGGAAACGGAUUGGAAUACCAAGGGUAAUAGUCAUUGGUCAUGAUUGGGACGUCUUUGCAGAGCAUAACGAAAAGGGCCCAAUGUCCAUCCCCAAAGCUGUCAUCAACGGGUACAUGAACCCGGCCUGGCAGCGGUACAACGAGGGGUUGACCCGUCUGGCGGCGGUUGAUAGUGAGAAUGUGGUGCCAGUCAAGAUUGCCAAGGGCUGUGGGCAUUUCAUCCAAAAGGACGAUCCAGAGAUGGUGGCGAGGGAGGUGGAUUUGUUGCUGAGGCGUCUUGGGCUAUAGCGGUGGUUGUGGUUGAUGUCUCGGAUGGAGUUUGGAUGGGAUUUUGGGUCGGGUUUCAAAACUACCCGGCCGAAAUGCAUGUUUGGUGUAUACCUCAAGAAACACCCACCGCAUCUCUUCCCGCGCCUCCAUGUCCCCAACUCCUUGACAGAAGCGGGCAUUUCAAAAUGGCCAAUCCAUAACCGUCCUCUCCUCAUUCCUCCUCGUCACCUGCACCUCAUCGCCCACGCUGAUCCG